UUAACCUACUCUCCCAAGGGGCCCAUGAUAAGCACAUGCAUGGCGACCAUACUGCGCGUCACGAGGCAAGCUCUGGUCAUCCGGUCUUCUCUGUCCCAAUACAGAAGACUCUCGUCCUCCAGCAUGCUGAUUGAACAAGAGAAAUACUCCUGGCUGAAGCAGCUGGGGCUGUCUACCGAGAACAAGGGUGUGUUUAACGGAGAAUGGGGCGGAAGGGGAGAGGUGGUAUCCUCCAUGUGCCCAUCUAACGGGGAAACUAUAGCUAAGGUGACACAGGGCAGUGUGGAAGACUACAGAGACACUGUACAGAAAGCUAAGGCAGCCUGGGACAUAUGGGCAGAUGUGCCAGCUCCCAAACGUGGGGAGAUUGUACGUCAGAUCGGCCACGCCCUGAGGGAGAAAGUUGACCUGCUAGGAGCGCUGGUUUCCCUGGAGAUGGGGAAGAUCAAGCCCGAGGGGGUGGGGGAGGUGCAGGAGUACAUCGACGUGUGCGACUAUGCCGUGGGCCUGUCACGCAUGUUCGCUGGGAGGGUCCUGCCUUCAGAACGUCCUGGCCACGCCCUGCUGGAGCAGUGGAACCCCCUGGGUCUGGUGGGGAUCAUCACGGCCUUUAACUUCCCUGUGGCUGUGUAUGGCUGGAACAGCUCCAUCGCUCUCACCUGCGGCAAUGUCUGUAUAUGGAAAGGAGCACCCACAACACCACUUGUCAGUGUAGCCAUCACCAAAAUCAUCCAGUCAGUGUUUGAGGCCAACAACCUGCCAGCUGCGAUCUGCUCUCUGGUCCAGGGCGGUACAGACGUGGGGCAGGCCAUGGCUACCGACACCAACAUCAACCUGCUGUCCUUCACAGGCAGCACUCCAGUUGGUAACGUGGUGGGCACCACCGUGCAGCAGAGAUUUGGAAAGGUUCUGUUGGAACUGGGAGGAAACAACGCCAUUAUCGUGCUGGAUGACGCAGACCUGGACAUGGUGGUGCGCUCCGCCCUGUUCGCCUGUGUCGGCACAGCCGGCCAGAGGUGCACCACUACAAGAAGGCUGAUCCUCCAUGAGUCUGUCCACGACGAGGUUGUGUCGAGGCUGAAGAAGGCAUACAGUCAGGUACCCAUGGGGGAUCCUCUGGAUGAUGGAGUGUUGUAUGGCCCCAUGCAUAGUCAACAGGGAGUGGAUCUGUACAACAAGGCCAUUGAAGAUGCCAAAGCACAGGGUGGCAAAGUGGAGUAUGGAGGAAAGGUUGUGGACCGUCCUGGCUACUAUGUGGAGCCCACUAUAGUGACUGGCCUUCCCCAUGAUGCAGAGGUUGUACACAGGGAGACAUUCGCACCCAUUGUGUAUGCCCUGAAAACAAAGAGCAUGGAGGAAGCUAUUGCCUGGAAUAAUGAGGUGAAACAGGGACUGUCCAGUAGUAUCUUCACUGGGAACCUGGGAAAUGUCUUCAAGUGGAUUGGACCAAAGGGUUCAGACUGUGGAAUUGUGAACGUGAACAUUCCAACCAGUGGUGCAGAGAUCGGUGGAGCGUUCGGUGGUGAGAAGCACACGGGUGGGGGGCGUGAAUCUGGCAGUGAUGCGUGGAAGCAGUACAUGAGGAGAGCCACAUGUACUAUCAACUACGGAAAGGAGCUUCCUCUGGCACAAGGGAUCAAGUUUGGAGAAUGAGAUUCUGUUACAACUGCAUCAAUGUCCACAUAGCUCACUAAUGGAUUUUGAUAUAGAGUACCACUAGCUAGCUAAAAAGGAGGGUGAUAUAGAGUACCACUUGGAUCUUUAGUGUACUAGGAUAUUUGUAGGAGAACAGAACUAUAUGUCUUGUCCUAAGACAAUUGUGACUCUUUUUGUUGGGCAUCAUGUACAUCUCUACAUUCUUAAGUGAUGUGGUUUUACGUCUAAAUCAUGUAAUCUGACCCGUCAUAGAGAAAUUUUGUUUCCUUUGAUAUGUUUUUUGCUGCAAGGUUGAAGCGAGAUGACAGUACCGAUAGUUAACCAUAUACUACUAGUAUUAAAUGGAUAAAUGUUUUGCUGUUCAACAUUAUGCAAGCUAAAAUCAGAUUUUAUUGUGACAUGUGGAUGUUGAAAUGAACACAGCCCUGUGGGGUAUGUGGCUUUAUGUCAAACAUGAAUUGUGAUGAAAACCCACAAUUUGAGAAUUUAGUAAAAGUUAUUGGACAAGUCAAGAUCUUGCAAUAUACUUUGAACGUACAAGUUUCCAAUGCUAAUUUUUCAGGUUCUCAAAGUGAUGGUUUAAUAGAGUUGAACUGUUUCCCAAACAUCAUCAGACUUUCUAACAGACACACCUGUGAAUAGAUUAUCUCCAAGAGUGUGGACAGAAAAAAUCUUUAGUUUGAGUUGUAAGAAAAUAAAGUAUGUUCUGAUAUACUA